AUGGCGAGACCACAGGGCACCCGCCAUCGCGACCACACCUUCACGGAGGCCGGGCACGAGCAGCGUCCUCGCGGGCCAGACCCCAGGGACGCCGGGAGCUCCGGCUCCGGCAACCACUGGGGGGCGCCACCGGAGCCCAAGCCCCGCCCCCUACCUGCAGCGCCGCGGCACAGUACCCGGAUGGAGCCCUGGCGCCGGACUCGGGCCUGCGGGCAGGGUUUCCCGAGCCUGGGGCCAUCUGUCCCCAUCCAUGGCUGUGCUGUCUUCCUGCUACUGCUGCUGAGGCUCACGGGUUGCUUGGGCGUCGGGGAAGCCAGGGACGCACUGCCGCCCUCGGCUUUGGCCCACCCCGUCCCCGAUGGCCCCAGGCCUCGUGUGGCCAGGCAGGGCCCAACCACGCCUGCUGCGACCACCACACCGGUCAUAACGACACCGAUCACCCAGGUGGCGGCCCCAACCCCCCAGGUGGCGGACCCGACCCCCCAGGUGGCGGACCCAGAUCACUCGGGGCGCAAUUUUACAAACCACACGUCAGACUUCCUCCCCGCCUGUGGCUUCUCCUUCGAGGAGGACCCCACCCUCAGGGACUCGUUGGCCAUGACGCGGCGGUGGCCAUGGAUAGUCAGCGUGCGAGCCAACGGCACCCACAUCUGCACCGGCACCCUCAUUGCCCCCCAGUGGGUGCUGGUUGUGGCCCACUGCCUGGUCCAGCGUAACGUUGCCUAUUCUGUACUGAUGGGGAGCUCCGUGAUUGACCAGCCGGUGAAGUAUGCCCACAGUGUUCCCGUGGGCCAGGUCAUUGUGAACAGCAGGUACCGGCCCCGGCGGUACUGGUCAUGGAUCGGCAAGGCAAAUAACAUCGGCCUCCUCAAGCUCCAGUCGAUGUUCAAAUACAGCCAGUAUAUCUGGCCCAUCUGCCUGCCUGGCUUGGACUUUGAGGUGAAGGAGGGCUCCAUUUGUACCGUGAUAGGCUGGGGACACGACAGCAUUAAUGGCAAAGGGCCCCAGUUCCAGUCCCUUCAGGAGAAGGAAGUCACCAUUAUGAGCAACAAGGAGUGUGAGCAAUUCUACCACCGGUUCUCCAAAAUCCCCACUAUCGUCCGGAUCAUCAACUCUCAGAUGAUCUGUGCAGAGGACUCCCAGAGGGAGAGUUUCUGCUACGAGAAGACAGGCGAGCCCCUGCUCUGUCCAGUGGAGAAGACGUGGUACCUGGUGGGCCUGGUGAGCUGGGGCCCAGGCUGCGACAAGAGUGAUGCCCCACCCAUCUACCUUCAGGUCUCCGCCUACCAACAGUGGAUCUGGGACCGCCUCAAUGGGCAGCCCCUGGCCGUGCCAGCCCCACCCAGGGCCCUGCUCCUUUUGCUUCCCCUGCCCCUCAGUCUCCUGGCCACUCUCUGACACUCCGUAUGCUCUCCCUGGGAUGACAUUCCUCCGUCCAGACCCCUCGUCACCCUCACAGCCCCACAGGGCCAGGCAGAGACUCGGUGCUCAAUUAAAUGUUUCU